GCGGCGCUGGGGUGGAGAAAGUAGCUGCUCUUCCAAGGCCGCGCCUUCGAGCAAGCCGAGGCUGUAGCCUUCCCUGUUUGGCCUUCUGGCGCUGGAAGAGCGGCGGCGGGGGCGGCAACAGCAGCGGAGCCAGCUGGUGGCAGGCAAUCGGUGGAGAUCCCCGGAGCAUUAGCAGGACCAGCGCCCCACAGCAGCGAGGAUGGCCCCGGCCUGCCCGAGGCCUCCGAGUAUCCCGGCCGAAGCGCCAGACGGGAGGCUGCUCUGAGUCAGGAGGAGAGGAGCUGAGUCGGCGGAGGGAAGGCAACUUUCCCACCAGAAACAAUGCAGCACCCCCUGGACCUGGGCGCCGCCGCCGCCCAUUAUUUCCCCGCAGACCCCUUCGUCGACCACCGGUCGCAUCGCUAUCGGAGCUUUAUGAUCGAGGAAAUCCUGACGGAUCACCCGGAUGCAAAGAGCGCGGCACCAGCCGGGGAGCUGCUCAAAUUUGGCGUGAAGGCUCUACUCUCGGCCCGACCCUACCACAACCCCCUAGCGGUGCUGAAGGCGGAGCAGGCGGCAGUCUUCAAGUUCCCGCUGGCGCCGCUGGGCUGCUCGGGCCUGAGUUCGGCGCUGCUGGCGGCCGGCUCCAGCCUCCAAGGCGGUUCCCGUCCCCCGCACCUGCCGCUGGAGCUGCACCUCCGCGGGAAGCUGGAGCCGGGAGCCCCCGAGGCGGGCAGUAAAGCCAAGAAAGGCCGCCGGAGCCGCACGGUCUUCACUGAACUGCAGCUGAUGGGCCUGGAGAAGCGCUUCGAAAAGCAGAAGUACCUCUCCACGCCCGACAGGAUAGACCUGGCGGAAUCCCUGGGCCUGAGUCAACUGCAGGUGAAAACCUGGUACCAAAAUAGAAGAAUGAAAUGGAAGAAAAUAGUGUUGCAAGGUGGAGGCCUUGAGUCUCCCACCAAGCCCAAAGGUCGCCCGAAGAAAAACUCCAUCCCCACCAGCGAGCAACUAACCGAGCAAGAGCGAGCCCGGGAAGCAGAGAAGCAGCACGCUGAAAACCUCGACUCUCCCUGCCAAGUCAUCCAGGAGCAAUAACGGAGCGCCGCAAGCCCGUGGACUAAGGGUCUAGCACCCAGAUUGCUGAUGCUGGACUGCAGGUCCCCAAACCUCCUGGCUUAGCCUGGAAGGGUGCCUGGGACCUGCGGCCGAGAGGACUGAACUUCAGCCUUGCGCGCCUUGCUAAGCGACGAGGCCCGUCCGGCUUGCAAUGCCAUCCCGUGGAUCGCCUGCCUUGGGUGUAGACAGGAGGGGGCCACUGAAGCCGAGGGCCUUGCAGCCGCUUUCGCUGCCGUUUAAAUAAGUUGCCACGUGCAAGGAGAUGACGACGAUCGGGGUGGGGUUGGGGUGGACUCCGAUUCCCAGUUGAUUCCGUUGUAGGAUUUCCUAGGCGUCUGAGCCCUGCCGCCCUCUCCCUGGGUGCGGACCUAAGGAAGAGCUGCUCCCUCUGGGUGGGCUUGAGGAAGGGUUGGGGUUUCGCCCGUCGCUGUUCUUGCGCUGUUUAAGAGCGGGGGACCAUCUCCGAACUUAUUUGGCAAACUCAUUUUACGACCGGUUUUUAUUAACGUGAAGAUAUUGAUUUUAUUUCAAUAAAGUAUUUUAUGAAUGA